UGGUCCAAACAAUACUUCGUGUAAUUCCUCUUGCCAUGCCACACAUCUGUCUCCUACCAGCAGAAACCCUACUCUGUAUAUUCGCAACUAUCUAUGAUCAUGAAGACUUGACACCGAUCUCUCGUACCACACUUGCUGCUCUCGCAAGAACCUGCAGGACAUUUAAGGAGCCUGCGCUCGAUAUCCUUUGGAAACACGUGUAUGGGUUCAAGCCACUCAUCUCGUGCUUGCCUGAAGGCGUCGGAAUCAAUAGCAUGCAAGGAAACUUUACACUCAAGAGAACUCCCGUUAUAAGAGAGUGUAAUAUAUCUGGUCAAUAUGCACAACGUAUCCGCCAUUUGACCAUCGAAUCUACGGAUCUAGACGUCAUGGACGAUCGGGUCGUACAAACGCUAAUGUUUGGGCCGCCACCCACACUGCUGUUACCGAACCUUCGUCGUUUGGAUUGGGGGGACAGCCGAGAUUGUUUCAUUCCGUUGUUGCGCACCUUGCUUCGGCCAACUAUCUCAUCGCUUUCACUGGACGAUUGGAAACCCUCUUUUGCCAAAUCUGGUUUGUUAGCUUCUCUCAGAGGUCGCUGCCCAUCCAUUCGAACAUUCAGCUGUCUGUACUGGGGUAAUUCCCAAGGAACUUCAGACGUAAUACGUGAAACUGUGUGUGGCUGGCGGGAACUCGUCGAUCUUAGGACAGGAAUCCUCAACGCACAGGCGCUUUUUCACGUGGCUUCUCUAUCGUCAUUGAAGUCUUUGCACUUUAGGACAUGCGGCUUGGACGACAUACAACCCAAUCUCACUCCGACAUUUACCUGUCAACUCAAUGACGUGUCUAUUGCUGCACCAACUUCUUCUGUUCUGACUCGGCUUCUCAGAAACGUCCAUUCUAUCCCUUGUCGAUCAGUGUUGUUGUGCGUCGAGAAAACUGGUGCAGAGCUACCUUAUGACCCUCUGGAUAUCCCAGACCUCAUUGUCUCCCUCUCAGAGUGCUUCUUGCCUGAUCUCGAGCAACUUACGGUCGAAUUUGACUCCCAAUUCGAAGGCUUUACCAUUGAAGGACUCACCGAUCCCCUUUCUGCCCUGGACUUUGACGUGUUUGCCCCGUUGCUGUCGUUCGGUCGCUUAACAAUAUUAGACCUAUCUUGUUUCUGUAUUUCGGCUAUUGACGACGACUCACUCAAGAUAAUGGCGCAAUCUUGGCCUCAGCUCGAGGAAUUUUAUUUUGGAGGUGGGAUUCUUUGGCUGGUCCCACCAUCUCUCACCUUCAUAGGACUCGUCCACCUCAUACAACAUUGCCGGCGCUUGCACACCAUUCAGAUGCCUUUUCACGCCAGUUCGAUUAACUCCGAUAGCGACUUUGAGCUGUUCUCUAAAAUCGUUAUCAACAAAAAUAUCUCCAGCAUUGACGUGGGGGUCUCUCCAAUCGCGGAUCCCUUCGCUGUGGCCUUUCAACUGCAUACCUUACUACCCAAUUUGACCAAUGUUCUCUGUCUUUUCUACGACACAGUCAACCUGCCGCCGUUAUUUCAAAAUUUUGCGGAUAAAUGGACUACGGUGAAUGAGUUCCUCGAGGUGCUUACUACAGGUGCAAAAAUGACAGAGAAGAUAGUCCCACUGGAGUACUCGUUGCUGGUCUGA